AUGAAGAUUAUCAAAAGCUUCACCCCUUCUAUCUUAUUCCUUAAUCUCGUAAGCGACGUCAAAUUCUUGUUCGACAAGGCAUUUACUCUUCUCGGUCUUCUCGAGCCACCGCCGCCUAUACAAGAAGAUUAUCAUCCUGGUGACGGUUACAUUUUUUUGACAAGCAGUCGAUCUGGGUUGAUGCCGGUCCCGAUCCAAGUUCUCAUGGCGAUGAUCAAGAAAAACUUACCGGUUAUUGAAUACGGUGAUUUCAUCGAAAGACUGGAAGACCAUGAGGAUGAACAAGUGAAGAAUGGUGAUGAUGACAGGGUAUGCAGAGUAUGCUUGGAAUCCAUGGAGAGAAGUGAUGAGAUGAGAGAGCUUUGUAUGUGUUCUCAUGUGUUCCAUAAAGACUGUAUUGAUUCAUGGGUUAAUGAGGGUCGGGUUACUUGCCCUUUGUGUCGGUCUACUUUGUAUCCCGAAACGAUGGAUUGGUCCAGAUCUGAUAUUAAUCUUUUCGUUCAACAUUAA